AGUUUCGACUUCGUUAAAACCACGAGGUGCGUCGUUGAACUGCUCAAGGUUAUCAAGAUCAUGAAUCUUCCUAAAGAUCUUGCACCAAAUGAUCAAAAUGAUUUAAAGAUACUUCGUCAGGUUGAGUUUUACUUAAGUGAAGGAAACUUAAAUCGCGAUAGCUUCUUCAAACAGGAAAUGCAAAAACGAGAUGAUGGUGGUAUCCCAAUAGAUCUACUGCUGAAGUGUAAUCGUAUGAUCGCUAUGAAUGUCACUGAGGACAUUCUAAAAAAUGUUGUUGGAACAUCAAAAAUUCUGAGGCUGUCUAAUGAUGGGUUGGCUAUUGUCCGAGUAUUACCGUUAUCUGAGUUGGGACCUCGUGAGAGACGAACUAUCCUAGUCACAGGACUUCCACGUUUAUCCAUCGGAAUAACAGAAAACGCAGAUGUGGACAACACUUCUUAUAGGCACAGUUCAAAACCAAAUGAAGAGCUGAGAAACAUAACCUCAGCAAGUUGGGAACUUAGUGACUGGAUUCGGAAUGUGUUUGAAGAAUACGGGGAAGUCCUGUUUGUCAGUUUACCUCGUUACCAUCAUUCCAAUUCACUCCGAGGAUUUGCUUUCGUUGAAUUCAGAACGUCUAAAUCUGCUAGAAAAGCUGUUAAACAUAUGUGUCUUUUCAUGGAAAAUGAACAAUGGCUCGUGAAACCUACUGAAACAAAUGAAGUAUCUGAUUGUCCAGAAUCAGCAUGGAAACCACGACUUGCAGCUAAAGUUUCUUUUUCACCUCAGCAAAUGUUAGCCAGACGGCAUAUUUGGCGUUGUUGCUCUCGAAAGAAUAAACAACUUAUUGCAGCGUUCAAACAUUUACGUCAGGCCGGGUACACUGCUAGUAAUCCAUGUGAUAGGGAAUAUUAUUCAAUUAUACUUGGUGAUAAUUCUACAGAAGCUAUACUAAAUUAUGUUAAAAACAAUCGUACUUCUGAACCAUGUCAAUCUAACCUACGUGUAUUUCGUUAUUCUGAUUGGAUAUUUUGGAAGCAAAAGUUCUAUUUGUGGCAACAAGCAUGGAUUGUCAGAAUGAAUCAUAAAACUGAAUUAAUGACGAACAAAAAUAUAAGUAACAAUAAUAAUGAUGAUGAUGAAGAUGACAAUAUGGAAGAGAAAGAAUGUCAUCAAAUAGAUUCUGAAAUGAAUCGAAAUUCACUGCCAGUAAAAUGUUUAGAUGAAUCUUCAACUAAAUCGAAAGCACUUCCAAAUAAUUUUGUUCCGAAUUCUAUUGUUCAGGUUAGGUUUAUUUUUACUGGUUUGUCUUUGCUAGUUAGCUGUGUUAUUUCUCGAUAAUUAACUGUAUCUCUUUUGAGAGAAAGUAGUUUAACGACACAUUAUCAACCCAUAGAUUUCAAAGAAUAUACUGUUAGGGAAUAGUAAACGAACUUGUUGAUAGUACUUCAUGACAAAUAGCUUCCUUUUACCUUUCAAUUUCAUGACACUCGAUUGAUAGACAUAUGAAUUAUAUCAUUGAGACUCAUUCUGAACCAAGUUACUCGGCGUUUGCAAUCAUUAAUCAUGAUAAUUGCGCGAGUCUUAAUCAAGUAGCUUGCAUUUACUAACAUGGCUCAUAUCAAUAAUAAAUAACUUUAUGGACUGAUGUCACGUUUUUGCUUAGUAUUACUAUUAGAAUGAUGACGGACAGUAAGGACCUCGUUACAAUUGCUCCACUUUAAUGUGACAGUCAUAAUUAUUUGAGGAUAGUGCUAAUACCAUGCUACUGUUAAAAUGCUUUUUAAAGAAGUGGUAAACAUACAUUAGACUUAUCAUUUAACAAAUUUUCAUUCUCACUUGUACUUAUUCUUCGUAUGCUCAAGAUUGUUGUGACCUGUGUAUACAAUUCAUAUAAUCCUCAUUUAAUCAAUCUGUUUUCUUCUCCAAAAUCUUGAUUUGAUCUACUUUUAUAAUGAUUGUGUUAAAUCAGUAGAAGUAGUCUAUCAGUAGAUAGAUAUUGCGAAUGUACUCAGACUGUAAAAAGUAACACUUCAAUAUCUUUUCAGUCACAGUUAAUUAACAGUUGCACGUCUCUACUGAUUCUGACAAUCCUUUGUAAAGUAAAGUUUUGAAGACUUUAUUUUAUUUUUGUGCUUAUUCUUUUUUGAUAGAAUACCCUCUAUAAUCAAACAUUGAAAGAAAUAUUAAUUCUAGUUUUCGUAAUGUGCAAAAUUUCAUUCAGUGAUUACCCCUAUGAUGGAUUGUGUUACUUAUAUUUUUAGAUUUACUGGCCUUCAGUAUUAAUUCCUAAAGGAGAUGCAGCAGAUACACAUCUGUCUGAUGGUCUUGGCGAUACACUGAUAACACCGAAGAAGUUAUCAUUUGCUCGAUGUCUGCGUAUUAGUCUCGAAAAGAAUCUUCUUGUUCCAUGUAAUCUUUUAAAAGAUGUUGCUCAUGUAGACCCAAACCCUAACCAAAGUCUAUUGGAUUCUGUUAACCAAUUUGGGUGUUGUAUGAUACCAAAUGCUAAUCUAAAUGAAUCAAUUUCCUCAGAUGAAUUUGUUCCUCUUUUUAUUCGGAUGAAAGAUAAUAAGGCUGCUCUGAAAUUGGUACAGUUUGUUAAUCUUUCUACUAUUUAUGGAGUAACAGCACGUAUUCUUGAAGGUCCUAGUGAACAAGCGUACUGUGACAGUAUUAUCAAAUCUAAGGUAAAUGCUAGAGAACGUCAUCGGACUUCACAAUUAAACAGACGUCAAAAACAAAAGUCUUCAAAUCCUCAUCCUACAUCAUCCAGUAAUUGUAUACUUCCAAGUAAUAAGAUUGACCACAAGCACAUUAUAUUCGAUGAAUAAAUUUUCACACGCUUUUUGUACAUAUACUCCGAAAUCUAUUUUACAUACUAAACUCUAAUUUUAAACAUAUACACAGUAAUACUUUUUAAGUUUUUUCACAAGUGAUUUUGCUUGAAAUAGUGGCUUCACAACGAUAUACAUGUUUAUCAACUCCCAAUCAUAGCUGCCG